AUGGAGAAGCCGGCAGCUGAUGAAGGAACUGACAACCUCGACGCAAAGCCUGCUCCUGCCAAAAUGUCCGCGUUCGGGUUUGCCAUUGGCACACAGGUUUCGAAGGAACCAUCUGCCUGCAAUAUCCAUCAAGAUCGGGCAAAUAAACCUAAAGAGCCUACUCCAAGCCUAGCUCCAAAAACACUUUCUGUAGCAGCAGUCUUCAACGGAGAUGAAGAUAGUGAACCUGAACAGAGGCUAAAAUGUGCAUGA